UAUGCAAUUUGGUCUUUCUUAGCCUAUUACGACGGUAGAAUGGUCAUGUGCCAUGGUGCUAAGGGAGGAACUGUCUAUGCUGUGGCCGCCGCCAUUGCCGUUGGUGGCCAGGCGUUGGGACCUGGUUUAUCUCGCUUGAAGUCCAUAUCAGAAGCAAUGUCUGCGGGAGAACUUGUAAAGGAGGCAAUAAAAAGAAUUCCCAAGAUUGAUUCAGACAACUUGGAAGGUCAAGUUCUGGAGAAUGUUUCAGGUGAAGUUGAGUUUAGACACGUAGAAUUUGCAUACCUGUCAAGGCCUCGACGCAUAAUCUUCAAAGAUCUUAACAUAAAAGUUCCAGCAGGAAAGACAGUGGCCUUAGUGGGUGCUAAUGGCUUAGGGAAAUCCACAGUAAUUUCACUAUUACAAAGGUUUUGUGACCCACUUGGAGGUGAAAUUCUUUUUGAUGGAGUUGUUAUUCAUAAAUUACAACUGAAAUGGUUCAGGUCAAAAAUGGGUUUGGUGAGCCAAGAGCCUGCACUAUUUGCAACAACAAUUAAAGAAAACAUACUUUUUGGCAAAGAAGAUGCCACAAUGAAAGAGAUAAUUGAGGCAGCUAAAGCCGCCAAUGCUCAUGAUUUCAUAGCUGGAUUGAAUGACGGAUAUGACACACGGUGUGGGGAAAGAGGAGUACAAUUAUCAGGAGGUCAAAAGCAACGUAUUGCGCUAGCUCGAGCAAUACUGAAAAAAGCUACAGUAUUACUAGAUGAAGCAACUAGUGCGCUCGAUAGUCAAUCAGAGAAACUAGUGCAAGAUGCGCUUGAGCACAUGAUGAUUGGAAGAACCACUGUAGUGGUAGCACAUAGAUUAAGUACUAUACAAAAUUGUGAUCUCAUUGCUGUAUUAGACAAAGGGCAGGUCAUGCACCAAGAAAACCGCAUGGAGAAAACCUUCUUUGGUGCUGAAAUUAAGGAGUUGAAAGAGAAUAAACUGGCAGAGGACAAUGUUCUUUUUGCUAUUGCUCUGGACCCAGCAACCAGAUGUGCUCCACCAGGAACGGGUGAAUAA